CCGUUUUGCACUCUUUUGUAUUGAAAUUAGUAUGGAUCAGUGGACCCGACCCGUUUUAAGUUGCGGCUGGCACAUCACUUCAGCGGAUCCACUGCAUCAUGCAGCGCUUGGUGCUCCGCUUGUCGCGCGUGGCGCUCGCUGCCCACCGCCCGCGUGCGUCCGCCGCCGCUGCUGCUCGGGCGAUCUCCAGCACCUCGGCCAGCUCCGUGCCGGCCCUGGGCCGCCGCCGCACCUCGCGCGCGCAGGUCGUGGGCGACCUGGAGGCGCUGGUGCACGAGGCCAAGCACCAGGGCGGCCGCUUCCAGCCCAGCAUGGACUUCCUGCGCCGCGCCAGCACCGUGCUGCAGCUCUGCAAGACGCGCGAGCAGUGCACGGCGGCCAUCCCGCUGUGCCACAUCGUGGAGAAGGCCGCGGCCACGCACGGCAAGGCCAAGAUGGAGUGCGUGCGCAUCUACCAGAAGGCGGGCCGCAACCAGGAGGUGGUGGCGCUGGCCGAGAAGCUCAUGGGCCAGGACGUGUUCCUGCUGAACCAGGCGCUGGCCAGCGCCAUCCAGGCCUGCGCGUCGCUGGGCCAAGUGGACAAGGGCUUCCAGUUCUUCGACGCAGCGGUCAAGCGCGGCUCCAUCCCCAACCUGAGCGUGUACUCGGCGCUGCUCGCCGUCGCGGGCGCGGCGGGGGACCCGCAAAAGGUGCAGGGCGUGCUGGACCAGAUGCAGGAGGCGGGCGUCGAGAUGAACGACAUCACGUUCCACAACUUGAUGAGUGCCUACGCGCGUGGCGGCCACGUGACGGAGGCGUUGGCGCUCUUCGACAAGAUGCAGAAGCAGGGCAUCCCGUCGGACGAGCACACGUACGCGAUCCUGAUGGACGCGCACGCGGAGAGUGGAGACUUUGACGGAGCCAAGACGCUCAUGGACGAGCUGAAGAAGACCACGCUCGAGCCCAACUUGGUGCACUACAACAUCCUGCUCAAGGCGUGCGGCAAGGUGAGCAACUUGACGUCGGCGUUCCAGCUGUACGAGGAGAUGAAGGAGCGCAAAAUCAAGCCGGACCUGGUGACAUUCAUCACUAUGAUGCACGCUGUCUACCACGGCGAGCUGGGAGCAAUCGACCAGAAGAAGGUGAAGGCGGCCCUCAUCGGCAUGGGCUUCAUGGGCGCAGCGUUCGUCCCGUUCAUCAACUACGAGGAGUACAUGAUGACGACGCUCUUCUGCGGCAGUCUCGUGGGAUCCAUGGGCUUGGCCGCGUACAUGAACCCGGACGGCGUCAUCCGCGCGCUGUACCCCAACACUGACGAGCCGCGUGAUGACACUAUUAUCGAGGCUUUCUUCCGACGACUGCGCGAGGAGGACCACUGCGGCAGAUCCAUGUACCUGUGGCGCGAGAUGCUCAAGUUCAACGUGCCUGCGGACCCGCGCGUGUACGACGUGCUGGUGCGCACCUGCGUACGCAAGCGCCACCCGGAGCUGGCCUACGAAGCGCUGUUUGAAGAGAAGCUGCCGCUUAUUGACAAGGAGGGAUCGUUUGUGAUCUCUCUUCCUACGACGCUGGGUCUGCUGCAUUCGCUACUGGCACAGAAGCGGGUUAACAUGGCGGACAAGCUGUACGACGCCGCUCGAAGCCACAACGUCUUCAACAAGGUUUUCACCGAGAAGGGCGACACGUAUGUGUACGAUAUGCGUUCGUUCUUGAACGAGCAGGUGCGCAGCUACACAAUCAUCAAGUUGCUCGAUGAGCUGCGAGCAAAGGUGGAUGCGUCGAAGGGCGAAUUUGUGGCCCCCAACGUUCAGUUCUUGGUCCAGCACGGAUACGAGCUGCUUGACCGCCUUGAUGCAGACAACUCCAGUCUGCGUACUCUGUUCUCGAUGGAUGAUAUGACGCGCGUGGGGGCAUCAGGCGAUAGCCGCACGUCCGCGCACUACUACUUCCGGCUGGCUAUUCCUACGGAGCGACUGCAGACAUAUUUCGAGACCACACCCGCGGACGCAGGCAAGGAGCGACGACUCUGAGACCGCUGCGAGGUGGCAGCAGGAGCUUCUCAGGAAGUUUUGAUUCACAUUUGACGAUACGGCGUUCCAGGAACCCCACUUCACAGAAUAGAUCCUUCGGGCAGACUGUGCUCGAUUUACUUCCCCCAC